GCAGCAGACAGUGAGAGUAGUUUGUAACAGUGCUGCUGCUGAUUUCAGCUCCGUUCAGCAGACUACUGGCACACUGGGCCGCUCGCAUCUCACAUCUGGACGGAAGAAAAACGACGAAGAAAGCAGGAAAAAGAACCGGACGUUGAGUUUUAGUCGCUCCGUGAACAGAAAAACUGCCGCCGGUUGGAACAAAGCGGCUGAAACCAAAUGCGGAUUUCACUUCUCCAAUUGUGUAGGUGGAGGCAUCACCGGCUGUCGCACUGUUGGUGAAAUACAGCUACAGGGAGGGGACAGGGAGGCUUUAGUGGCGUUGUUUUUUUUUUAGUUUGGUAAAACAUCUCGUUUGUGGUUUUUGUUUAUUAAUUUUGUCAACACCGACGAGGAAAGAGGCAGUUUUUGGGGGGGGCGGCGAGAUGCCUCACUUGAGCCGCUCCUGAAGCUCCAACAUGGGCGACUGAAGCAGGAUCCCACGUCCAUGAAGACGGCGCCAUGUUGUGUUGAAGUGACAACAUCUGCACCGACGGCAUCAUGCUAAGCUCUCCAGUGACGAUGCCUGUGCACCCUGGGGAAGAAUGGUUCACUCCACUACUGUUCCCCUUUCAGAGGCAGGGGACAUUAACGCCAGUCUCUGCUGCCUCGUUACGGGGCUGCUGAACCUUUCCGAGACGCCGCCGAUGGAGGACGUCUCCAUGGCGAACGUUUCCCUGGGCCCCCGGUCGCCACCGGAGCCGCUCACCCCGACGGCAGAAGCCCCGGAGGUCCUGCAAGGCGUCGGCCUGCCUCUGCAGAUCUUCUUCUGCGCUGUCAUGGUCGUCAUCCUGCUGGUGGCUCUGACGGGAAACGUGGUGGUGUGCCUGAUGGUGUACCAGAGGUCUGCCAUGCGCUCGGCUAUCAACAUCCUCCUGGCGAGCCUGGCGUUUGCAGACAUGAUGCUGGCCAUCCUGAACAUGCCCUUCGCUCUGGUUACCGUCGUGACCACCAAUUGGAUUUUCGGAGACGUUUUCUGUCGAGUUUCAGCCAUGCUCUUCUGGUUGUUCGUGAUGGAAGGCAUGGCUAUACUGCUUAUAAUAAGCAUAGAUCGUUUUCUUAUUAUUGUCCAGAAGCAAGAUAAGCUGAGCCCACAGAGAGCUAAAUUGCUCAUAGUAGUCACCUGGGGACUCUCUUUCAUUUUAUCCUUCCCUCUGGCAGUUGGCUCCCCUCCCCUACAGAUCCCCCCCAGGGCCCCACAGUGUGUAUUUGGCUACAGUAUCGAGCCUGGUUACCACGCCUACGUAUUGAUACUAAUGCUAGUCUUCUUCUUCAUACCAUUCACGGUCAUGCUGUACACAUUCAUGGGGAUCCUGAACACCAUCCGCCACAACGCCAUCCGCAUCCACAGCCACCCAGAUAGCAUCUGUCUGAGCCAGGCCAGUAAACUGGGCCUGCUGAGCCUCCAGAGGCCCUUCCAGAUGAAUAUAGACAUGAGCUUCAAGACCCGUGCCUUCACCACCAUCCUCAUCCUCUUCUCUGUGUUUACAGUGUGCUGGGCACCCUUCACUGCCUACAGCCUGGUAACUACCUUCAGUGACGGGUUCUACCACAAAGACAGCUUUUUUCAAAUUAGCACAUGGGUACUGUGGUUGUGCUACCUCAAGUCAGCCCUCAACCCUCUCAUUUACUACUGGAGGAUCAAGAAGUUCCGCGACGCCUGCCUUGAUCUGAUGCCCAAGUACUUCAAGUUUCUUCCUCAGCUGCCAGGCAACACCAAGAGGCGCAUUCAGCCGAGUGCUGUAUCCGGCCACCUGAUAAAAACAGCACAUCACUACAGAUGAUGCUUUGAGGAAGACCGCAGACGCAGUUGAAACAUGUCAGCAAGUGUUCUGCUGGGAAACCUGGAGUCCCGACAUUCAUGUGGAUGACAUGCACCACCCACCUAAACGAUGCAAGUCAAGCAACCCGCCAACCAGAUCCAAAUCUUAUUGAGCAUCUGUGGGAUGUGCCAGGAUAAGCCUGAUCUAGGAAGCUCCUACCUGCAACCCACAGGACCCACAGAAUUCACUUCCAUCAUCCUGGUGCCACAGGACUUCCCCAGACGUCCUGUGUCCAUGUCCCACAGGGUCAGAGGAGUUUUAGCAGCAUAAAGAAGACCAACACAACAUUAGGAAGGUGGUCAUAAUUUUAUGCUUGAUGUUUGUAUACUGCAUAUACAGUUACAUACACUGUAGCUUUUCUUUGUUGUAUGUAAACGCUCCAUAUUUUCAUGUUAAAUGAGGCACUAACAUGCGAUUAGACUAUGACAAAAGUGAUCACAUUUUCAUUCCCCUUUCUCUACAGUAUGAUAACAUGAAAUCCUCUGUGCAGGUAAACGCACUUACAUUUGGGAGCCCGGUGUUUACGCAAUGCCUCCAUGCAAGCUCUGCUGUUAAUUACCCCCCCCCCCCCGGAGACUCCACUUCCUGUCAUCACCUCCGCUGAGUGCUUUUGCGAGGGCGACAUGUGCCUGCUGUGAAUUUAUGCAUUACACCUCCAUACAAUGAUCCCCACCCCCCCACCUUCCUGCUCUGACUGGACCUGCCAGUCAUGAGCUUCACGGCUGAGUUGGCAGCAGCGUGGUGUGCAGUGUGGCUGAUAACAGGAAUGCCAGCGAGAUGAAUUAGCUGCAGAGCCUCGAGUCUGUUUACAGUCUCACGCUCCUGUUUGCUGUGCAGGAGGCGUUCACCCAGAUGUUUGCUUGCAGCAUCUUAAAUUGUAUUUCAUCUUCUCAAGGCUGGAUUAGUAAACUGGGAACGUGGGCCUCAGACCUCCAGGGCUCUCAGCGGUUCCACAUUCUGAACCUGUGUGAUCCCUUAUUAAUUCCAAGUGUGUUCAAGAACCAGUGGCAUACACUAAUAAAGCACAACAACUGACAUGAUAGCAGCCUUAUAUCUUGAAAAAAAAACAUUCCCUUACAGUUUCUCAUUUGGCCCUUCAACAUUAUACCAGACAUGCAAUAUUAUGCACUACAUCUCUUGCAAAAGCAAACAAUUUGUGCAAAAAAUGGUAAAAAUUAAGUUUUUGCAUCAGUUCAAUAAGCUUACCAAGCAUUAACUAUAACUGAUAAUAUACAUGAAAACACUUGCAUCUUUUGCUUCUUCUGUGUUUGUGGUGUCAGAGUUUGUAUUGCCAUACAUGUAGAAUACACACAGCUAUCCAAACAUGUGAGCACACGAUCAAUGCAAAUAAUGGAAAAAUUAUAUAUUUUUUCUUAAAAUAUUCAACAACAAAGUGCAGUAGAUGAAAACAUUUGUGCCAGAAAAAUGAACUGAAGAAGUAGGCUAUAUUUCGUCUUCUGUGUGGACUUGAUGACCCCCGAUUAAUGUCUCCACAAGCCUCCUACAUAAAGAAGGCUAUGUGUUGGUGGAGCUGGCAAUUGUGCACCUUCGCCUCUACAAUGCCUUCUAGAGUAGACUUCUUUAAUAGGAUUUAAGACCAGAGAGUAUAGUGGGAGACCGAAAAGUGGGUGAAUCAAUUGACAGUAGCCCAGUGGACGCUAACAUUGUCCCACAUGGCUGCUCUGGCCUCUGGCCUCAUUAGGAAGUUCAUUGUUGUGGAGAUUGUCCAAAAAUUAUGUUUGCAGUGUUGUAUGGACACUGUUCCGACUAAUAGCUUCACACAUUGACACAGUGGACAUUGAUGAUGGCAUGGUUUCUCUGUGGCAUAUGAAGGAUUGGGAAGUAGUCUAACCCACUUUCAGUAGUUUAAAAAAAAAAUGGGUUCGAAGUUUUGUGUUUUCAAGAAUGGUCUAACAUUUGAAUCACCACUGUAACACUAUAUUUGGGCUGUGGGUUAGACCACAUUGCCACUAAAAUCAGGACCAUAAAAUAUUACAGAAAUUAUCUAAAAGUCAGUUUGGAUUUUUUGUGGUUUAGACCACGCUGCUUCUAACCCCUUCAUUUGUUUUUGCAGCACUGAAACCCGAAUUGUCAGCAUACACCACAAGUCAAAAGUUUGGACAGGCUUUGUCAUUCAAAUGAAUGACAAAGCGUGUCCAAACUUUUGACUGAUAGUGUACAUUAGCAUAUGAUGCAUUGCAUUAGCUUCUAGAUCCAUGACUCUCUGAAAGAGAAAAGACAAAACAAUGCAACACAGUUUAAAAAGCAGGGGUUGGUCAAUAUGUUGUAGUAUAUAAAAAGCAACCAAACUUGUAUUUUAGAUUCUUGAAGACGUUUCACCUCUCAUCCAAGAGGCUUCUUCAUUUCUAGCUGACUGGUGGGGAGUCUUAGAUGUAAGUGGUCACCACCAGUCAGCUAGGACUGAAGAAACCUCUUGGAGGUCUUCUUUUAGGUUCUUGAAGAUGUUCAAGGGCCUAAAAGAAAAAAAGCUCCAAGAUUUUCUUACAUCGUAGCCCGUUACCCUGCCAGAUCCAGUACCAGUGAGAGAACAGUUUGGCUUUACGUCACAUAGUGUAUUAAUAUCUUAGCUGUCUUACACGGUCUGACUUUCUUUAAGGCAACGAGUCUGUACAGCUGCUUCAUCCUAAUUCUGUUGCAUUUAAGUCGACAACAUGAUGCACAAAGACGUUUGGAAUAUUAUGUCAUCUGGCCUUAUGUGGUCCUGCAGUUCUCCUAGUCAGAUGCAGUUAUUUGUAAUGACCAUAUUUACAAUGUGGGAAGAUCUGUAGAAACGUCUGAAUGAUUUUAAUGACAGAUCCUUCCAUUUACGAAAGUACAGUACAUAUACGGCUACAGUACUUAUACAUAACAGCUGUUAUUUGAAAAAGUACAGAUGAUACUUGCAACAGUAUAGCAGCUCAUCCUAUGCAGUGGGAUUGUCUUUUUGCGUCUAACUGCCCCGAUAUCAGUCUGUAGAGCCAGGAGAUUUCCUGUCUAACAGCUAAGAUGGAAAUAUCCAACACAUACAAUAGGUGCACAGGGUAAAACAGAAAGCAAAGGAGAGGAACAGAACUAGUGUGACCAUAAAUGAGAGCAAAACGCCUCUUCUCUGUCCAAUAUUGACCUCCACUGUUGUCCAAAUAAUAUUUACCUGAUGCCCACUGAGAGCGCUGAAGCUCUAAUUGAUGUGAACUCAUCAUCAUGUCAAUAUGCACAAUGUGUAACCAUUGUGUUGAGUUCUGUUUGAAGAUUGUUGAAAAAUUACGAAAAUGAAAAGAUGGUAUGACUUAUCCUUUCCGUUUUUAAGCACUUUGUAGCCUGGAUUUUGACAUGUGCUCGAUAAAUAAUAAUUAUUAUUAAUUUAUAUGUCGGGCUCCGAGCCUUAUAUCUACGACUAUGCAGCUUGCAAACUUUCAUUUUGCAGGUCGACAAAGGCAUGACUUGCUCUAAACUGCCUCUGAUUGGCUUAUCCUGACAUUUCUAACCCAACCCUGGCCAAUCUUACUCCUCAUAUACACAUUCACCAGUCAUUCGGGUAGAAUUUUGCUUGCAGCUAUUAAUGACUUUCCUCCAGCCUCCCUGCAUAAAGAAAAUCUGUGUGCAGCUUCCAUUGCUGUUCAGAUUCAGUUUGCAUUGAGCAUGAAUUUUUAGUAUGUCUGGCUUCUGUUGGCCUCAGGCAGUGCUAGAAGUGCUGAAUCUCUCCAAAUUCAUUUGCAAUGUUUAUCUGUCAUUUGCUUUCAUAUCACUGAAAGAAAUAAUUAAAACACAUGUAGCAGUUGAUUCAAUUUGUAGUGGUGCUGUCUAGGAAUGUAUUCCAAAAUAUAACUGAGAUGAAUCAGUCUUGGGUACAUUUUCCCCUCAUGGAUUGAAGUUGUUGUGGGUUUGCUGUGUAUCUGAUCACUUGACUCACACUUGGUUUGCACUUGUUCAUCAUAAUGGAAUGCAUAGUCGAGCUUCUGCUUACUGCUAGUUCGACUAACUAGCAGAGAAGAGAAGACACUAGCACCCUCUUACAUAAAAGCAUUUAUCAAAAGAACCUUUACCAGGAAACUGACUCGACAAGUAUCUCUGACUGAGCUGCAAGAGAAAAAUCUCAUUUUUGAGGCUUUAUUUGUUCAAAUUUGAAAGACUGUGUCCUUUUGGAUUUCUGCCCGUGGUGCUCAAAACAUCAAUCCCUGCAUUUUGAAAAUUCAGCUACAGCAGCGCGUCCUUCCAGAAACAGUGUCCUUGUUCCUCAGUGUAUCAGCUCUGUGCAUAAUCCAUGAUGUGUUUCAAAGGGUUCAUUUCUGAUUCAGGGACUGUUCAGUACUCUGAGGCUGACUCUUGAACAGGCUCUUGCUAACCUUGGACAAUUACUCAAAAAGCUGCUUGAGUAACUACCACCCCCAGACGCUCUUUGCAAAAAUUACAUCACAAUCAAGUUGUAAGAACAGUGAAGAGUAUCUUUAUCAGCUAAUAAUACCACAUUCUUCCUGUUUGUUAGAAAGAAGCUAGAGGUAAAUACUGUCCACUAUUGUCAUCUGAUGUCAAAUGAUCGUGAUAACCUGCAUACACUGUUCUGAAAAAAGAAAACUUUGUCUCAGUAUGUUAUAGUGCAUUAAAAUUUGUAUAAUUUU